AUGGUAAAGUCGGAUAGCUCGUCUUCGGGUAUCGGCGCCGCUAUAGCCAUAAAGUUGUGGUCUUUGGGCGCAAAUGUAAUCAUCACUGGAAGGGAUGACAAACGCAUCCAAAAAGUAGUCAACAAAUGCCACGAACGGCACAAUCAGAGAGCACUCGGAGUGAGGGCUGACUUAUUGGUGGACAAAGACAUCGAGGAAUUGGUGGCGAAGACUAUCACAGAGUUCGGCAAAAUUGAUAUUCUGGUCAAUAACGCGGGCGUCGGCCCGAAAGACGGGGUUAUAGACCCAACAUCUAUGUUAUCAUACGAUACGCUUAUCAACGGUUAUGUCAGAUGUGUUCAAGUGUUGACACAAUUAGUUGUCCCAUAUCUGGAGAUAACUAACGGCAAUAUUGUUAACAUAUCGGGCGUAUCCGGACUGAAGGCUUCACAUUUUAUGCCAAUCUCAUACCAUAUGGCCAAAAGCGCAUUGGAUAUGUUCACUAAAUGCCUGGCACUGGGUUUGGGCCCGAAGGGAGUGCGGGUUAAUUGUGUCAGUCCAGCAAUUAUUCGGACCCCGAUGUAUGAAACACUAACGGGUAGUGCGGAUAAGUUAACGGCCGCCGAGACGUACUGUCGGCUCAAUUAUCCGUUGGGACGCAUCGGAGAGCCCGAAGACGUGGCCGAAGCGGUCGCCUACUUGUGCUCACCCGCGGCCUCAUUCAUAACGGGUCUCAUUUUGCCGGUCGAUGGCGGAAGCAUUUUGGCGCCCGACAAUAUCCGCUUGAUUAGCAACAACAAAUAA